UGGGUGGAGGAAGGCGUUGCUCGUCGCUCUCGCUGGGAACGGACUAGAGGAACGGAAAAUGGCGGACCUCGAAGACGUUACGCUGGACGGGAGACCGCUCCAGUCCCUUCGAGUAGCGGAUUUAAAAGCUGCUCUUGAGGAGAGAGGACUUUCGAAAAGUGGGCAGAAGAAUGCUCUCGUUAAAAGACUCAAAGGGGCACUCAUGCUUGAGAAUCUUCAGAGGACCUCCACUGCUAACAUUGGACUGCAGCCAAACUCACAGAUUGGUGAGGAAAUGAGCCAGAACAGCUUUAUCAAGCAGUAUCUGGCUAAGCAACAGGAGCUUCUGAGGCAGCGGCUGGAAAGAGAGGCCCGCGAAGCAUACGACACAAAUGAGCCAGAGGACCACACAGAAGUCAAUAACAGUACAUCAUGCCCUCCUCAAGCCCAGGAGGCCACGCCAGGAUUGGCUGAGCAGCACAAGCCGCCCGGCCCGUCUGGUGUCGACAAUUUGUUUAGUGCAGUGAAUAAGGAAGAGGGCAACAGGAACCAGGAGGCUGAAAUGCCCGGUCCUCCCGCUUCUGGCUCUAUGGCUGUAGGCGUCCCUGACGGCGAGCAUCGGCCAGAGAAGGGGUCUGCCUCCAAAGAAGCCCCUUCAGACAGCGACGACGACGAUAGUGAGGAUGGCGAGGAGGAUGGGGGCGAUGACGACGAUUGGGAAAGCGGCACUCGGAGGAGAAGCCACAGAGAGCCGGCCAGAGCGCCCACAACCAGAGAGCGGUCCGGAGCCCCCUGUCAACCCCCGCAGCAACACAUGCCCUCCCUUUUGUCCCCUCAACUCCGCCAGCCAACUCCUCCUCCCUCCCCACCCCCAGAGCUGUCUUUCCCACUGCCUGACACCCCGAAACAGAGCCCCCCGAGUCCAGAUGUAGCCCAAGCCAGGCGCUCAUCGAGCACCUCCAGCUCUGGGUCCUCCAGCAGCGGCAGCCGCAGUAGCAGCCCAGAGCCCCAGAGAAGUGGGCAUGCCGAGCGCAAGCCGGGCCCACUGACCCUUCUGGCACGUAAAAUGGAGUCAGAAGGAGCGUUCUCUGGAGCAGGUUGGCACCACGCCAGUGGGGCAGGUGAAAGGCAAGACGGAAGUUCUCUGGCAACAUCUUUUCCUGGUAGAGGGCCUCCAGAGGGUCUGGUGUCUGCCAUCACUCACACAGCCAACACUGCCGGCCACGUGUCCUUUCCCACAAUUCCAGGCAUUAACCAGGGUAUCCCAGGAGCACAUUCGGCUCAUAUUCAACUACCUGUUGGUGUGCGCAAAGCCACUGCAACAGAAGAGAGGCACUCUGAAAUAGAACGAGAAAGGGCUCUAGAGCUGGAGCGGCAGAGGAAACUUGAGCAAGAACGAGCAAUGGAAGAAGAGCGGGAAAGAGCUGAUGUGCUGGAGAGAGAGGAAAGACAGAGGGCACUUGACCAAGAGCGAAUGGAACGACAGCAGGCCUUGGAAAGAGAAGAACGCGAGAAAGCUUUGCAGCGGGAGAGAGAACUCACCCUCGAACGAGAGAGACAGGACAGGGAAGUAGCUUUGGCUAGAGAGAGGGAAGAGAGGGAGCGAGCCUUGGCUCAAGAGAUGGAGAUAGAGAGGCAGAAGGAGCUUGAGAGACAGAGGGCCCUGGAGCAGGAGCGUCAGGAGAGAGAGAGGCGGGAAAGAGAAGAAAUGGAGAGGGCAAGGGCCUUGGAGCAGGAGAGGAAGGAGCGAGAGAGGGCGCUUGAGCAGGAAAGGCUUCAGAGAGAGAGAGCUCUGGAGGCUGAGAGAAAGGAAAAGGAGAGGAUCGAGCGGGAAAAGGCUCUGGAGCAGGAGAGGUUGGAAAGGGAAAGGUUGGAGAGACAGAGAGCCUUGGACCAAGAGAGACUGGAGAGAGAGAAAGCCUUUGAGCAACAGAGAGUGGAAAUGGAGAGAGCCCUGGAGAAGGAGCGACUAGAGAGAGAGAAAGCCCUUGAGAGAGAGCGUUUGGAGAGAGAGAAAGCCUUGGAGCAAGAGAGAAUGGAGAGAGAACGAGCUCUAGAACAAGAAAAAUUGAAGCAAGAGAGAGCCUUGGAGCAGCAGAGGUUAGAGCUUGAGAGGAAGGAAAAGGAGAGAAUUGAGAGGGAGAAAUCAUUGGAGCGAGAAAGGAUAGAGAAGGAAAAGGCCUUGGAACGAGAAAGGGAGGAGAAAGAAAGAUUGGCAAGAGAGGCAGCACAGAAAGAGGAGAGGGAGAGAGCUCUGCAGCAGGAGAAGCUUGAGAGGGAGGAGAAAGAGAGGGCUCUGGAACAAGAGAGGCUAGAAAAGGAGAAGGCCAUGCAGAAAGAAAAGGAGGAGAUGGAGGCCGAGAGAGCUCGGAUGGCUGAGAGGGAAAGUCACCUCCCUCCGUCCAAGCGCGGCCGUGACAUCGGUCUCACCUCCUUGUCCACUCCUCUCCCCCUUUCUGCUGUACCAGGUAGAAAGUCCUCAACAAAGGGGGGAGAGCAGGAAGAUGAUCAUGCUUCAAAGUCCCGGGUUGAAGCAGACGAACACAGCGCCACCACGUCACCAACGCCUCCGGUGCCUCAAUCCUCCUUUAGGAAGUUCCGGUUCUCAAGGGACAGCCCGAUUCAGCUGCAAUCUUCCUCCCCUUCCAUGGUCAUCAAGCGACCUCGUAACUUCUCCGAUACCCCCCAGCCCCAGGCCUCACCUGGCUCCUCCCUCACCGACAGCGCAAAAAGCCACGAGGAAGGACUCCAGUCCUCCACUGAACAGGAAGGCCCGGAGAAGGUGACAAAGCAGGAGGUCACGGGACACGUGGGGGGCACUCCGGAGGAGGAGACCACACUUGCCCCGGUUUCCGAAAAAGAUGGAGCCAAGGGCUCUGUGUCGGAGGACAAGGAAAAGGAAUACACCAGAAAAGUGGAUGAAAGCCAUGCUACAAACCCACUGGACAGCGCACAGCGUAGGGGAAGAGACGCGAAGAAGGAAGAGAAGCAAGCGAGACAAAGAUCAACGUCUAAUGAUUCCUCAUCCUCAGAAUCCGACUCUGGGUCCUCAUCCUCCGGGUCUUCUGGCUCAUCCUCGUCCUCUCAAGAGAAGACUAUCUCCACUACAAGAGGCAGACGGGAAGGGGAACCUGACCGAGAUAUCUCACCACAGCACCAGAUGACACGACAUGCAAAGGCUGAGGGUUUAAAGGAAACUCAUACAGCCUCCCCUUGUAAAAGAGACCCGCCUGUAGAGAAGAGUAAAGCAGCCGCUGAUGGAGAUACUCCCACAAAGAAAACAAUCAUGGACGCGCCAACCAGAGAGGAGUCACAAAGAAAGAGGACAAACAAGGAAGAAGAAAUGGACAAAAAAAGGCAGGUGAAGGAGACUGCCAUGGCAGAGGCUGAGAAACUUCCAGAGACCAACGAGGAGACGCCAAAGGCCUUUUCCGCUCGUAAGAUCUCUAUCAGCAGCAGUAAAAUGUCCCCAGGCACUGGCAGUGCCGAGGUCGAGCAGGACGCAGGAGCCGCAGCCGGUCGCAAGAGGAGGUGGGGCUCCAGCACAGCCGUCACUGCCAAGAAACCUUCCAUCAGUAUCACCACCGAUUCACUCAAGUCCCUGAUCCCAGACAUUCGCCAGAGUCUCGGGCAGGAAGCAGUUGUGGACCUGGACCCGGAGCAAGCAGUCCUCUCUGGGCCGGAGGAUGAAGAGAAAGAGCGGGCUGACCAAGACCUUCAAAUUCAACGUACUGUAACACAGGUGGUGCACUUGGAGAGUCAGGAGAAUGGAGAGAAGGAGACAAAGAAGAGCAGACAUGAGGAUUCGGAGGAAGAGGACCCACAGGGAGACGGGGAAAGGACCGGGGCUCCCAGCGACAAAAUGGACACCUCGUUCCCUGGAGCCAUGGAAACCCAGUCUCCGUCACACACCAGCCAUGAUGUAGAAAGCAACACUGUGACCCCCAGCGACACCUUCAUCCGUCGCUCCAUCAGCCAGCAGAAAACGGGUGUCUCCAUCACAAUUGAUGACCCCGUUCGCUCGGCCCGGAAGCCUUCGCCCCCUCGAGGGAAAGUCUCCAACAUUGUUCACAUCAGCAACCUGGUGAGACCGUUCACCCUGGGGCAGCUUAAGGAGCUGCUCAGCAGAACCGGCACCCUGUUGGAGGAGGGCUUCUGGAUAGACAAAAUCAAGUCUCACUGCUUUGUCACCUACUGUAGCCCAGAGGAGGCCGUUGCCACACGGGCAUCUCUUCAUGGGGUGAAAUGGCCUCAGAGCAACCCAAAAGUCCUCCGUGUGGACUUCUGCCAGAAGGAUGAGCUGGACUUCCACAAAGGCUUGGCAGACAGGCCCGCGGCAGAGGACCAGGGGCCCGGAGCCGCCCGCGGGCGACCUCCGGGCCUGCCCUCCCUCCUCCCUGAGCGCGACCAGUGGGCUGAGCGCGAGCGGGAGAUGGAGCGCCGGGAGAAGGGGAGAGCUGAGCGGGAGUGGGAUCGCGACAAGGUCCGAGAAUUUGGGAAACCGGGUGAAGAGAAGGAGGGAGGUCCUCCCAGGUCACACUCCAGGGAGAGACGCCGCAAGGAGCGGGGAAAAAGCAAGGAGAAGAAGACCGAGAAGAAAGAGAAACCAGCCGAGGAUCCCCCUGCAAAGCUGCUUGAUGAUUUGUUCCGCAAAACUAAAGCGGCUCCUUGCAUAUACUGGCUUCCACUUACGGAUGAAGAGUUUGUUCAGCGGGAAGCUGCCCGCGCAGACCGGAUGAAGGAGCGGGAGAAACGGAGGAAGGAGCAGGAUGAGGAGAAGGAGAAGAAAAGGGAAGAGGAGCGCAAGGAAAGGAUGAAGGCUGGAGGUGUGCCAACUGGAGAGCGCAGUGAGGGGGAGAAAGACAGGGACAGAGAGAGGGACAGAGACCGAGGGAGGGACAGGGAGCGGGAGAAUGACAAACGCAGGGAUGGCUACCGUAGACCAGAGGGCCGCGGGGAAGACGGGGGGCGCCGCUCUCGCAGCCGCAGCGACCCGCGAGAAAGGCGGCGUUAAUGGCCAACCGCCCGAUGGAACUGUCCUAGAGACUCCCUCUUCCGUUUGCCUUUCACUACAUGUACUUUCUUACAACUAAGACCCAACCGAGGACCAACUGACGUUGUCGCCAUCUCUCAAAUUGUCACCUUUUUUAAGCACAUCUACACCUACAGUCUUGCUUAAAAGGGACCAUGAUCUCUUUGCUGCGCUGUUUCCCAGAGUGCUGUACGACACGCGUCAGUCGAGUAUUGAUAUAUUUUCUUAUGUUUGUUUUUUUUGUUGUUUUUGCGGUGUGGCACCCCCCUUUGCUCCAAAGUGUAGGUGCCAAUUAUGAUUUGCUAUGACCAGUUGUCGCCUCGGUGUUUCAACAGCUGUGGAAUCGAGAUGAGGAAUCCUUUUGUUGCUGCAUGUAGUCCAAGGCUCUCCUUGCCAGUCCUGCCUAAAGAGAAGACCUCUGUGCAGAGGCUUGCAUAAAUCAGAAAAUAUUGGAAGAGGUGUGUUUGGCAUUUUGUACAGACAUAUAACAUAACUCGAAAUCAAGUCUUUAAGUGAGGCAGCUCUGGGGUAUUUUGGACAGGUGUGGAAUAACUACUAACGCAAUGAAGUGUUCCUCCCUCCCCCUGUCCCCUGUUUAGUAAAGAGAUGAGACUCUUCUCGUUGGUGUCCAGGCCCGUCACAUCUGACACAAGUUAUUAUCAUGUUCUUAUCAUUGAUUCUCUUCUUCCUCCUUUCCUGUCCUUCCUCCCCUUCUCUUACCCGGCAAUAUCGAUACAGGCCCAAGAGAGGGGGGGGUGCAUUAUGAGUUACCAAUGGUUUUAAUAUUGUUUUUUAAUCUUUAAUUUUAUCUUCGUAUAAAGGUAUGUUUUUCUUUUCUUUCUUUUUUAAUUUCUUCUUUGAGUACGCCUAUCAGUGGUGAAUGUACAAAUAAUAAAAAAUUGACAUUUGAAA